UCAACAACGAACAUCAGUCAAUGCGGAAUACGUUGCUAGGGAAUUCCUGGUAUUGUAACGGUUAAUUAAUUGACAAACGUCUUUGUUUUGUACUAUUCGUGUAGACGCUGCCGACGCUUCAAUUGUUCCACACUGAUUGCAUAGAAGAGUCUUUUGACGAUCAUGGUGAAGUUACAUGUGAAACACGGAGAGGAGAGUCAGUUCCUAUAUGAGUGUACAGUCAAGACACCCAUUGACGAUCUGAUGAAGGAGUUGGUACACAUCUACAAUGAAAGACUAAAGAUAAGCAGGCUAUGUCAAGAAAUACAGGAUUUAUCUGAGCACGGUGUGAGUUUGCCACCAAACAUGCAAGGAUUGACUGAUGACCAGAUCGUGGAUUUGAAACUGAAGGAUGAAUGGGAAGAGAAGUGUACUCCAAGUGGAGGAAUGAUUCUCACCAAGGAUCACACAGGCAGACGGAACGGGCACGCAUGUAACGACAAGAUGAAGGAAGUGUUCAGUAAGACAAUCAGCGAGGCCAAGAAAGCUGUCUCAAAAGAUCAAGUGAAAGCCAACGUGUGUAUGACCAGGCAGAUAGUAGGAGAUGCCAAGGAUCAGUUACGAGGUUCGGUGAUGAUAGUGUACCCCAUGGGUCUCCCUCCCCACGACCCCAUCAGGAUGGAACUAGAGAACACACAGGAUCUCUCCGGCACUCAGGCAUCCCUUGCCGUUCUAGAGGAAGACGUUGCCUCGUUGUGGUUCUCUGGUAAAGAAAUAGUCCGAGGAAAGAAACUGGAAGACUUCAUCGGGAAGAAUGAGAAGACCAAGAUUAUUGUCAAACUUCAGAAGAAGGGACAUGGUGCACCAGCUAGAGAAAGAGUAUUCAGUGAAGAUGAACAGAAAGAAAUGAUGGCGUAUGCCUACAGAAAACAAGAAGAACUCAAGAAACUGGAGACAGAAGCAACGGAUUCCCACCUUGGCUCCGAUUGGGCAGAUACUAACAGCUUAAAGAGACAGUUCCAUGGGUUGAGAGACAUCAAAUGGGGAGGCACACGGUGACACAAUCAUUCUACAGCUGAUUCCUCAUGCACCCAAUGCAAUGGUAGUGUUAAGUCACAACUUCUCGAAGAGCACCAGACUUUUUUUAUUGCGGCCAUCUUGGUUGGGUCUCUGUAUUAUACUCGAUGUUAUUGUAUUGCUUAAUCUCAAUUUAUGAAAGAGCACCAGUCUGAUUCCACUGAAGUGUGGCCAUCUUGGUCAGUCAUCCUGUGUUACGUAAUGGUAAUGAUAGUUCUAAUUCAUCAUAAAAGAGCACCAGACUGAACAUUAUUCUUUCAACCCUCACUCUUGUUACAGACCUUUCUAUAGUAGAUAAACAAACUGCAUGACAUGGGCGGCCAAAUGUUAUUUGUUAGCAAAACAUCUGUUUUUGUUUUGCAUUGAAGCAAUCGCACAACAUCGGUAAACAGUAUUGUCCAA